AUGGUGAAAGCUAAGCUCACCAUGGCAUUGCUGCUUAGUUUGGGGAAAAGUCUUUUUGCCACUUCAGCAUAUACACUGCCUCAGUACCCUGCACACUGGGCCCUGCCAUCUCAAACAUCGGACAAUAUGGCGACCGGUGAGAGGCGGUCAAAUCUCAGGUUGCUCAGAACGUCGUUGAUUCUGGACCAAGGCGACACACGCAUGACUCGCCAUGGAGACUGCCUCAGACUGUGUACUUACAACGCGAGAACAGUGUCCACAGACGCUGACCUGCAUGCCCUUCUCGGAGCUGCAGAGCGUAUCAAAUAUCACGUGAUUGCUCUGCAGGAGACCAAGUGCAGAAGGAGCGACGUACGACAGAUGAAUGACGGUACACUCGUCAUUCAUGGAGAGAAGGUUCCGUCGCGAAAUGUAGGCGGUGUUGGUUUUGUUGUGCACCCAUCUGUCGUCCAUCUUGUCGAUUCUCACGAGACUCUGUCACCUCGUCUGGCCAUUCUUCGCCUCCGCCCUCUGCGCCAAAAACCCAUCAGUAUCAUCAACUGCUAUUCACCAACAUCAGCAGCUGACGAAUCCGAAUUGGACGCUUUCAACAAGGAGCUGGAGGAAGUAGUCCGCAACGAGAAGUCCUUCUACAAAUUCGUUGUCGGAGACUUCAACGCAAAACUAGGAAAGGCCACAGAAGAGGAAUACAGGAUUGGAAGAUUUGGACUAGGGGACCGGAAUGAAAAUGGCAAUCGUCUCGCCGGGCUGUUGUCCGCCGCUCGCCUCUUUCAUGGGAACUCUCUUUUCAUGAAAAAAGAUCAUCGUCGGUGGACAUGGGAAUCGCCCAAUGGCGCGACUCGUGCGGAGAUCGACCACAUACUCACCAACCGGAGGUGGUGUCUACUUGACGUCUCAGUAGUACCAUCCUUUUGUAGUGGUUCUGAUCACCGUCUCCUUCGUGCGAAAAUACGUCUUAGCCACAAGAUGGAAAAGAACAUCUACUAUCGGCAACGAAGGAGAAAAGAAGUCGUCUACGACGAUUGCGUACUCGAGGACUCCUUGUUCCAAGGUGACUGGCACAUCGAGGAGGACCCAAACGUGGACUACGAGAUGCUGCUCAGAGGAUUACGAGUCUGCGCUGAACGUGCCUUCUAG